AUGAGGAACCAUGGCCGCAAGCCGCCGGGCAAGGCGGUCAAGCGCAAGCCUGACCGCCAGCCCGCACCCAAGGGAGGGGUUGUACACGACGCAGUGCAGCAGGCUGUGAUGCAAUACGGCUAUGACGACGAGCUCUUCCAGGAUUGGAGGGACGGCAAGAUAGGCGAAAAGGACUUGCCGGAGGAGGUGAUGAUGGCUAUGACUUUGGACCUUUGCGAGAGGUGGCGAGCGGAGCAAGAGCGGACGUCGAGCGACACCGGUGGCAGUGCCACCCAGGAGUGGUUGGGCGCUGGAGCUGUGUCGCCGGCGUGCGGCGGCCUGCCUCCGGAGGUGCCUCUGAGGGUCGCAGCACAUGACAUACACAACACACUGCGCUACACGUAA